AUGUUCUUCGCAGCAUUCAUCUACAACGAAACAGUGGUCGUAAACCCACUACUUCCCCUGAACACCAUGGGCUCGGCGACGAAUCUGAUACUAGCUUGCACGGCAGCGGUCUGGGGUUGUUUCGCCAUCCGGGCGUUUUAUACCUUUCAGCUCCUAGUGCUGCUGCGCGAGUGGAACUCGCCCAUGGCCAGUAGCAGCCUUGUCCCCGUUGCUGUCGAGUCCCUCGCUGUGGCACUACUGCUUGCUUGUCUCAUGUCCGAGUGGAGGUGUACUGGGCAUUUUUUCGUGGCCGUCUUGUCUUUGCUGUUGGCGUCUAUCCUGAUGGCUACGGCACCGCCUGAGCAGACGUACUGGGCCAACGCCUUCGUCAGCAGCUUGCUUGCGCCUUUGGGAAUGGUCAUGGCAAACCCCCUUGCGACGACUAUGCUGCGGGAGAAUCUGCCAGAGGAGCAGAAAAGAAUCGCAAGCAGUAUGGUCUUGGCCCUGUCGAGCUACGCCAUGUCGUUUUUCAUGGGAAUAGCGAGAUCGGUCGAGGUUCAAGUAAAUGAGGGUGGCUCGGAUGUCUUGUCAGGAUGCAGAGGAGCGCAAUAUUUUGGUGUAGGCCUCGGAGGUCUGGGAGUCUUGCUGGUAACGGCGAUCACGCUUCAAGCCGUAUUUAUCAGGGACCCAUGA